AAAGAGUGUGUUAGAGAGGGAGAAGAGAACGCAUAAGCAAGCUGGUUUGACCAGAAACAGAACUGCCUGUGACAGAUUAAGAGACAAGCAAGGCUUGGAAUCUGAGAGCAAGCAAAGAGAGUGGAAAUUUACAGCUGCCCUGUGUGAGUGUUCAAGUGAUCAUUUUCUGCUAACGUUUUUCCGGUGGUAACUGUUACUUUUCAAAGAGAGACAGAAAGUCAAAAGGGGAUUGUGGAAACUCUUUUCUCUGCCAUGCUUUGGUAAUAGGAAGCACCCUCUAUUGAAUGGAAGAUAAAGGCUACUUCAUCUAAAGUGCUUUGAGCCCAAGAGAGAGCUGUCUUCAGCACCUCACCAUGUGUCUACUUUUUGUUGCUUAGACAAGCCUGGACAUUUCUAUAACAUUUGCAUUCCAUAUUGGAAGAAGAGAUUUCUAUAGGUGAAAAAAAAUGCCUUUGUUUAGUAAAUCACACAAAAACCCAGCAGAAAUCGUGAAAAUUCUGAAAGACAACUUAGCCAUUUUGGAAAAGCAAGACAAAAAGACAGACAAGGCUUCAGAAGAAGUGUCGAAAUCACUGCAAGCGAUGAAAGAAAUUCUGUGUGGUACAAAUGAAAAGGAACCCCCAACGGAGGCUGUGGCACAGCUCGCACAAGAACUCUACAAUAGUGGCCUGUUGGUGACACUGAUCGCUGACCUCCAGCUGAUAGACUUUGAGGGCAAAAAAGAUGUGACCCAGAUAUUUAACAACAUCCUGAGAAGACAGAUAGGCACUCGGUUUCCUACUGUGGAGUACAUUAGUGCUCAUCCUCAUAUCCUGUUUAUGCUCCUCAACGGAUAUGAAGCCCCACAGAUUGCCUUACGUUGUGGAAUUAUGUUGAGAGAAUGUAUUCGACAUGAACCACUUGCCAAAAUCAUCCUCUUUUCUAACCAAUUCAGAGAUUUCUUUAAGUAUGUGGAAUUGUCAACAUUUGAUAUUGCUUCAGAUGCUUUUGCUACUUUUAAGGAUUUACUAACCAGACAUAAAGUGUUGGUGGCAGACUUCUUAGAACAGAAUUAUGACAUUAUUUUUGAAGACUAUGAGAAAUUGCUUCAGUCUGAGAAUUACGUGACUAAGAGACAAUCUUUAAAGCUGCUGGGGGAGCUGAUCCUGGACCGACAUAACUUUGCGAUUAUGACGAAGUACAUCAGCAAGCCAGAGAACCUCAAACUGAUGAUGAACCUCCUUCGAGAUAAAAGUCCCAACAUUCAGUUUGAAGCCUUUCAUGUCUUUAAGGUGUUCGUGGCCAGUCCUCACAAAACGCAGCCUAUUGUGGAGAUUCUAUUAAAAAAUCAGCCCAAACUCAUUGAGUUUCUGAGCGGCUUCCAAAAAGAACGGACGGAUGAUGAGCAGUUCACAGAUGAGAAGAACUACUUGAUUAAACAGAUUCGAGACUUGAAGAAAACAGCCCCUUGAAGUCUCACCCCAUUUCCUGCCACAGUCACCAUCUCAUUUGUUCAGUUUAUGCAAAAAGUGUCAUUUCAAAAAGUAAUCAUUCUUGGGAAGGCUUUUGAGAUACCUAUUUUUUCUCAAUCCAUUGUUCAGGGUAGAUGAAAUAUAAACAUCUGAAUGAAAAAAAUUAACCUAGAAUAAUAUAUUCAUUUUAAUCAAGCCUGUGAUUAUUUAUGUGAAAUCAGAGCAUUAUACAUUAGACAUUGAUAAAAGCAAUUGUAACCCUUUGUUGAUGAGAGACAGCAGGGUCGUGGGCUUGCAGACCUGAGUCCUCAGUCACGGGCAGCCACCGAGGAGGAGCCCAAAUGAUGGGUCACUGAGUCCUCAAAGAGGAUUCAGUUCUCAGGAGAGCUGGCCAUGGUGGCAGAAGGCACAAAACUAUGUUACCUAUAGGCACUUAGACAAACACAUUUCUUAGGCACUGAAAGAUCAGAGAAAAUAAGAUGCAGGUUUUCAGUCAUCACAUAUUCCUGUCCCCUCCCAUGUCUUCUAACUGUAACUCGCAAUUCCUGACUUCCUAGAGAAUGCAUGUGUUGCUCAGCCCUGCUUUCUGCUCGCUGCCCCACAGUCCGUCCUGAGCAUGCCCAACUCCUGGCACCCACCACCCACUGCACCCUGCCCUGGGGAUAGCACAGAACCAACCAAAUAUAAGCAGGACAGAUUAGCGACGCACAGGGCACAGAGGACACGUGGUAUGACCUGGUCACUUGAGAAUUCGGAACAGAUGGUUAAGAACCACACCGCUAAUUGUAGUCCUUUAGCAUUUGUGAAUGUUUGGGAUAUUUCAUUCAUAAUUAUUAUUAUGGGAAACAUGUUUUGUGGUAAAAGUGUGUUUUAGAGUAGGAAUCAUUGCAUUGGGAUGCCAGCGCGCACAAAACCAGGAGUCCAGAGGGCUGCACAGGUCUUUAGACCAUUCUUACAAACAAGGAAAUGCUGCCUUUGGGAUGGCAAUAAUGAUUAAAUGCAUGGAAAAACUGUCAAAUGACUAAAAAAAAAUUUUUCAGUUUAUUUUCUUAUAAGCUGUCACUCUAAUUUCCCAUCAAAGUCUUCAGUGAAAAGGUUGAAAACCUGUAAAAUGUUGGUCCCAAAUACUCUCUUGCAUACUAGGAUGAUUAAGGAGUUAAUUUGUGUCUUUUUUAAAAGACACGGAACCAAAAAAAAAAAAAAAAACUGUCAUGGUUUGUUUUCAGACAUCAAGUAUGUGAAAUGGAAUUUUGAAGCUGUAUUUACAAGAAGUUAAAGGAACAAUCAUUAACCUGUAUUUUUUUCCUAAUCCUGUUUCCAAAUCAUGAGUUACUGCCUUCUGUGGGAAGCUUCACUUCUUACACUAUUGGGUGCUGUGUUCUUCAGCCAGAUGUGUCUCCACCCAGAAAGGGAAUGCUCCCCUCCAGGAUCAGUCCUCUCCGUAGGUUUCACGUCUGAAGAAUUAUCUGGCAGGGUUUCACCCUCUUGGCUGGGGCACAGGUACUGUUCUUCUGUGCCCAGCGUGGAACCCUGAGGCAGAUGGUGUGGACCUGCGGGGCCUGCUUGUAGCAGCUCUGGCCAGUGCCAGCCUGGGAGGGUCAGCGGCAGCCCAUCUGAUGACCUUCAUUCUUUAAUCACUGAAGCCUGAUUACUUUUAUAACAUUCCCAGACAGCCCAGAGUCUCUUAGAAUUUGAUUUUCUGGUUUUGCUGAUAUGGUUAAAAGAGAUGAGUGUCAAUAUUAAAAAACAAAACAAAAAAA